AUGGUUGAUAAACAUUCACAUCAGUGGCCUUGGGCGGUUACUAUCAAAAUUGACGAGCCAUGCACGGGGUCACUAAUCAAGGACGAGUGGGUGCUGACUGAUUAUAACUGUGGAUAUCUGUAAGAGACUAUUUGAGUACUUUCCUUUUAACCUUUGUGUUUAUUUUUGCUUGUUAACGUGACACAAAAGGUCACAGAAAGGUGGAAGUGGAAAGCCUUAACCUCUUUUCAAGACGAUUCAGUCUGUUUGGAGACUUGAUGGCUAUCUGCUGAAAUUUUCCAAGCAGGGCGGAAACGUUUACUCAAGCAAAUCCAGUAAAUCAGUUAUGUGGAUGAACAGGAUUAAUCUGUGCACAUCAGAGUCUGACGCAUUCUGGAAGGUCGAGCCAAGAUGCGUAAGCCCAAGGAAAGCCAUCUUUUAGGUUAAACUGUGGAGAGGCUGGAUUAUGAACAUUGUAGGCGUGGCUAACUGCACUAUUUAGGCCACACCCACCAGUUAUCUUCUGUUACUUCUAAUGCUUGUCAGUUUUGGAUGCUGAUUCCAUAUGAAGUCAGAACCCACAUGGAAACCAUGAUUUUAGUCUGAAAUAUUUCCAACACCAACUUCUUGUAGAGUUGUUUCGUGAAGGUGGACAAGUUUGACAUGAGCAUCUUCUUUUUCUUUUUGGUCUCUUAAAGCACUGAUAGCUACACGAUGGUGCACCUCGGAUACAAGAACAUGUCGGAUCCAAUGAACCCAUAUGAAGAAUCGAGGACAGUUGACUCAAAAAUAUGCAGUGACGAAUUUCAUGUUUGUCUUCUGCUGCUGUCGAAACCCGUCACCUAUACAGAUACCCUCUCUCCAAUCUGUUUAGCUGCAAGAGACAGCUUUUUCAACUCGGGCAUGGAUGCCUGGGUCCCCAGUGGUGAGAUCACAGAACAUGCAUACAGUGGCAAACAUUUAUGAAUCAACACUAACACAGGCUUUGAUUAAACUGCAUUAAAUAAAGUUAAGUUUACAUAAUAGCAUUUUAAUCUUGACUUUGACUUGUUUCUGUCUAGGUUCAGAGUCUGGGGGCCACGAGCUGGUACAGAUUAUUGGAAAAAACCAAUGCAAAUGCCAAUUGCCUCAGGAUGACGGCGACUUUUUCAUCUGUGCUGGACCACCAGAGGAGGGCGAGGAGAGGGCGGAGAGCAAGGAGAGUGAGGAGAGCGAGGAGAGCGAGGAGAGCAAGGAGAGCGAGGAGAGCAAGGAGAGCGAGGAGAGCGAGGAGAGUGAGGAGAGCGAGGAGAGCAAGGAGCACAGGGUCAAGAGAAGCUUUGGGAGGGGCAGAAGAAGUCUAAAGACUCAUGAGGUGCCGGGUAGAUGUCAUGUAGGUACAAUUUUUGAUCUUUAACUGAUUUCCCAUUUUCGUCUGAUCAGUUCAAGUUCACCUGAGUAAAGGGGACCUGUUUACAAACUGAACUAAGGCUGCAACAACGAAUCGAUUAAGUCGAUUCGUCGUGACGAAAAAAUUCGUUGCCAACUAAUUCUGUAAUCGAUUUGUCGGGUCUUUAUAUAUGUCCAUGGACACCGGCAUGUAAACAUCAGCAGGACGCACAGAAAAGAAACAGCCAUGGCCGAGACAGCGGCUGAGAAAAACAUGGACACAACCCAACCCAAAUCCAGACCUAAAACAUCAGUGGUGUGGGAAAACUUUACCAAGACUGAAAAGGAAGGCGUUCAGUGCAACAUUUGCAAAGACCGUUUUGCAUGGCACGGGAGUACAUCGAUGAUGCGCGAGCACAGGGCUCUCAAGUCUCAAGCAUUCAGCGUAUGACACACGCAUUCCCACUCGUUCACACGCUGACACACCACACAUUGUAUUUCUCACGCAUUUUGAACACGGUGAUGUCCACGAAGUUGCACUUCUUUGACUAUGGAACAGGUGGAAAUCAGCUGAGUUUCUCCGAGAGUUCAGAAGUUGCGUGCCACGCGCAAGCCAAUCAAAUAAAGUAUAUCUACUGAACAGCCAAUCAAAAAGCAGCAUUGUUGUAUCCGGGUAGAUUUUGAUAUCUUGCGGUUUGACUACAGAAGAAGACAGACACUCGCCGAAAUAGAGCAGGUUUUUAUUAGGACGAGAAAGACCGGAUGAUUACAGUAAGUCAGUAACCUACACAUGCAGAGACCUCAACACCUCAUGGCAGAUAAACCCAUAUGAUAAACUAAAGCCCUAUGCUAUUGCUAUUUACAGCUGCAUUGAUGAAUUUAGCCUGUUUAUCCGAUUAAUCGAUUAGUUAUUAAAAUAGUCGGCAGAUUAAUCGAUUAUCAAAAUAAUCGUUAGUUGCAGCCCUAAACUGAACCUCCACAGAGUGAUGUCAAAAACCUGCAAGUGUGGAGUGGGACUAGAUUAUCACUCCCAUCACUCCAUUCGAUUCCCGCCUUGCCUUGCCGUUUGCUGGCUGUAUCGUAGGCUGAUACGACACGACCGGUAAACAAGUCGAAAAGCCAUGGACGCCUACUGUUGUAACGUUUAGCCGUUGUUAGCUGUUACUAGCAAUAGCAGUUGAAAAGAACGCAAAGCAUGGUAUUUUACUCAUACAAGUGCAUACGUAGAAGCUCCUGAUGUAGCUUCUACAUUAGAGGUUCCAAUGUACUGAAAGUAGCUUAGCUGUCUGAUCAGUCUGUCUAAUCAUUCAUGAAAUGCAGAACACUGUAGUAAAGUCAGUUUGUUAGGAACAAAAACAAUUCAAAACAUCAAUAAUAUUUAUAGCAAAGAAUUGAAUAUCUGGUAAAAACCACAAGUGUCAUUACCAUGAAAAUCAUAUCAAAAUCUUACCCCCUACCUCAAUAGGUCCCGGUUUGUCUUCGUUUCAAGGGCUGUGUACCCCUUGCCUUUAGCCCUUCCCCUUAACCUUACAGAGAACUGGGAUACGCCUUUGCUUAAAUGCGCAAAACCGGGGGCUGAGGGGUAAGACAAGGGGUUAGGGGGUACAAUUGGGGUUGGCCCUUAAUCCCAUUUUUCGUGCACCACACGAGUUCCUUAUCCUUGACGGCCACUUGACUGACUCCUUGUUCUUGACAACUUUUUGCUUCUACCUUUGUCAGUUUUGAUUUUAUAGUUCUGUUUUAAGUCAAAAGUUUGGUCGCCUUUUUGAGACUCAAUCCAGGUUUGAUGAUGAUCAAAAAGGUCUAACCUUCUGUGCUCUGACAGGAUGGAUGUUUCUGUGCUAAUUUUUUCACUCGCAAAUUUCCUCUGCUAGAGAAAUAACUGUGAAUCCUUCCCAACAGGAUCGGUCAGGGUCUGCACUGGUGGUCAUUGUCAAUGAUACCUGGGUCCAGGUUGGCUUAAGUCACCUUGGUGGUGUUUGCCCCCGACAUGAAUUUCUCAACUCCUACAUCCCUGUGAGUGCGCUCGAGGACUUCAUCGCCCGUGAAACAAACAACAGCAAUAUAGGUUUCAUCGAUUUCGAACCUCAAGAAGAGGACCCAGACAAAUACUACACCUGUCCUACGGAACCACUACCUCCUUUGUGUGCAGGUCCUCUCGGGUGUCCCAUACCUCCAACACAUGAGUGUGAAUUUCCAGAUCCAGUUUUAGGCUGCCUGACCAUAUUUGACAGUGGUAUCAGCGUAAUGCCCUCCACCCUCUUCAUCUCACUCUGUGUUCUGGCUCUUUCCUACUUGGGUUAUUUCUACUAA